UUAAAUGCUGGAGGCUGCAAGGGUCAGCCCCACUUCACUCUCCCCAUCAGUCCACUCUCUGCCCCUGUGUGACACGGGAGACUGGGCAAGAUGCAUCUCUGGUCUGACCCAGUCAGUGGCAAUUCUUAUGCUCUUUCCACUGUCUUGCUAGACACAGCACUGCUCUUGUCACGAGCUCUGAGGGCAACAACCUCCUUGCUGAGAGGAAACAGAUCCUGGAAGAUGGUUCAAGUGUGCUGGAAUGUGCUUAGCAAGGAGUCCUGGAUCAGGCAGGAAGCUGGAGCCAGCACAGAAGCAGCAAGUAGCUGCCAUCUCCAUGCGCUGGAAGGGGAGAGGAGCCAGCUCUGAUGGAGCUGUGACCAGAAGCUACACGACUUGGAGCAGUCCAGCACAGCACACUAUAGCAAUGCAGUCCAAGGAAACAACUGCCGCCCGAAUGCAAAGAUGCUUCCUCCAUGCACAUGUACCAGAGGCACGAUCGGUCUCUAAGUGAUAAUUAAAAGGGCACCUUUUAGCUGUUGGUUGCUUUUGGUUCUUCCCAAGGCUGUUGUCAAUGUGACUGACAAAGGCUGGGAGCUCAGCAAGGAUCUGCCUUGUGUUCUGGCUGAGCUUUGUGUAGUGCCUGGUUCUGGGAGCACAGCAGGCUUCUGGAUCCCCUGGACUGUUUGCUGCCCUGCUGAAGUGGUUUCAAGAAGACAGGUCUGGCAGGGGCGCUUUAUGGCAGUGAUACUUCUGAGCCGUGGCUUACACCGACAGUGCCGAACAUGGAUAAAUCCUAGCACCCUCCGUGUCAGGCAUUUCGUUCGCUGCCGUUUGGACAGUUGCACUUAGGGCUGUUGGUGCCAGAGUGAAGAUCAAAAGCUGGGCUGUUGGAUCUAAAGUGACUUCAAAGGAAGACGGAUGUGAGUGUGUUUGCACACUUUUGUUCCCUGACCCUUGUGUCACAGCUGUUCCUUCAUGUCAGGAUGCACAAGCCACAGGUUUGCAAGCACAUGCUUGCAUUUUCCACUGGACUCAGACUGAGACCUUCUACCUGCAAACCAUUACGUGUCACCAGCCAUUCCCAAACUCAGCUAUCUGGGAAAGCUGCCACAUGGGAUACCAGGGGAACCGAGGAUGUUUCAGACAGGACUGCCCAAGCCAGUGGACAUCUGUGAGACUAGCUUUGGAACCAAAGGGGCACCACACUUUGGGCCAAGCUGAAAACGUGCCAGGUGAUCCUGGCUUUCUGCUAGUGAGACCUGGCUGACAUACAGCAGCUGCAUCCCAAGGCUGGAACCUCUCCAUGACAGCUCUUUCCAAAAACAUGGGGCAACAUGAUCUCUUUUUAAACCCAGAGGCCCUCCAGCAGUAGGGGUGGCCCAGCAGUGUGCCCCUGUGACUGUCCCCCUGCCUGGCAGGACAACCUCCAACCCUCUGGGAGAAGACUCCAGAGGAGCCAUCACCACCCACUGCAGUGAGGACCAACUGGCAGCUCCCACUCCUCUCUCCGGCUCUGGAGGACGCUGCCAGUACCAGACCCAAGACCCUGCGCUCUGCCCGUGAUGCACAGCCUGAUGGGCGGGGGCCUGCUGUGUGCCGUGUCCGGCUUGGUCCUCCUCAUCGUUGCCACAGCCACCGACUUCUGGAUGCAGUACCGCUACUCAGGCAACCUGAGCCACCAGGGGCUGUGGCGCUACUGUGUUGGCGGAAAGUGCCAUGUGCACACCAUCACCAUUGGAGCCGCUCUCCGGGCCGUAGCAAGGAUGCCCCUCAUUCAAAAUGCAGCCACUCGCAUCCUCUCAGCCUUCUGGGAUGCCACACGGGCCUUCAUGCUGCUCUCCAUCCUCUCCUGCUUCGCAGGCAUCAUCCUGGGGCUCACCACCUUCUCCAGCAGUGCCAGGCUGACACGGACCCGCAUGGCGGGCAUCACCCUACUCAUUGCCGGGCUGCUGGCACUGCUGGGCCUGUCCAUCUACACGGGUGUGACGGUGAACGUCUUCGCUAAGCGCUACGAAGACUGGCGCUUCUCCUGGUCCUACAUCCUCGGAUGGGUUGGCGUUAUCCUCACCAUCUCAGCAGGUGUGUUCCACAUCUUCGCCUUCUCCAAGGACUCAUCCGUGGACAGCUCUGCCGUGGCCAGCAGCUGAGGAGCCCCAUGCCUGGGUGACAGUCCUGUGCACCUGCCCAUCCCCACCUCCCCUUGCCCAAGCCCUCGGCAGCUCCGCCUCUGGGAUUCCCCCCAAGCCCUGCAGUGCCUGAGUGCCACUGCCAGCAGCCCCCCCAGAAGGGCUGGGAACCCCCCAGCACUGCCCGCCUGCAGCCCCGUGCCCGGCCUGUGCCCACUCCUCCCUCCCAGGCCCCACGCUCAGUUGCCCCACAGCUGUGUUGCCUGUGAUCUCUGUACCAAUAAACCAGCUCUGCCCUCA